AGCAGUCCACAGUCCUCCUGUGGUGGAGAUACAUCCUGCCUACAGUCACUUUAACCAGCUUUUACUCCUCUGUCUGCUGGGGAUUGAUUGUCAGCUUGAAGGAGAGAUCUUGUCUGUGAGGACAGCAGCAGCAGCAGCAGCAGCAAGAAAAACAAUAUUUCUACAGGACUCAACAGCCAGGAGGAGACGAUCAGGCUCCAGACCUCCUGAUGAUCACUCAACCUGACAAUCCAGAGAUGUCGCCCUGAUUCCUGUUUGUCAGACACAGCUUUUCUUUAAGCAAGAUGUCAACCACAACAGAAAAUGGGAUGGGAGGGCCCUGGAACACAAGCAGGGAGAAAACGUAUAAGAAGACCACGUCAUCGGCCUUGAAGGGGUCCAUUCAGCUGGGUAUUGGCUACACAGUGGGCAACCUCACCUCCAAGCCUGACAGAGACGUGCUUAUGCAAGACUUCUAUGUGGUGGAGAGUGUCUUUCUGCCGAGCGAGGGAAGCAACUUGACCCCAGCGCAUCACUAUCCUGACUUCCGCUUCAAGACCUACGCCCCGCUGGCCUUCCGCUACUUCAGGGACCUAUUUGGCAUCAAACCAGAUGACUACCUGUACUCCAUGGUAAAUGAACCUCUCAUCGAGCUGGCCAACCCCGGGGCCAGCGGCUCGCUCUUCUACCUAACCAGCGAUGACGAGUUCAUCAUUAAGACCGUCCAGCACAAAGAGGCCAAGUUUCUGCAGAGAUUACUACCUGGAUACUACAUGAACUUGAACCAGAAUCCACGCACACUACUGCCUAAGUUUUACGGCCUGUACUGUAUCCAGUCUGGAGGCAUCAACAUCCGACUGGUGGUGAUGAACAACGUGCUGCCUCGCUCUGUCAAGAUGCACUACAAAUACGACCUGAAGGGAUCCACGUACAAGCGUCGAGCAUCCAGGAAAGAGAGGGAGAAGGCCUGUCCCACUCACAAAGACCUGGACUUUCAGGACAUGCACGAGGAAGGGCUGUACUUUGAUGCUGAGACGUACAACAACCUAAUGAAGACGCUGCAGAGAGACUGUCGGGUGCUGGAGAGUUUUAAGAUCAUGGACUACAGUCUGCUGCUGGGUGUGCACGUCCUGGACCAUAGUCAGAGAGAGGGCGGCGAGUCGGGCCAGGCGGGGGGCGACGGUAGGCGACCUGUGGGUCAGAGGGUCCUCUACUCCACUGCCAUGGAGUCCAUCCAGGGAGAUGGCAAGGCAGCGGAGGCGCUCACCACAGAUGACACGAUGGGUGGCAUCCCUGCUAAAACACACAAGGAAGAAAAGCUGCUCAUCUUCCUGGGUAUCAUAGAUAUUCUACAGUCAUACAGGUUCAUUAAGAAGUUGGAGCACUCAUGGAAAGCGCUGGUGUACGACGGUGACUCGGUCUCGGUGCACCGGCCCGGCUUUUAUGCCAGCCGCUUCCUCAAGUUCAUGAGCACGAGGGUCUUCAGGAAGACUCAGCUGCUUCGAUUUUCCCCUUCAAAGAGGACACGCACCUCCAUCCCGGCUCUGAAGUCGUCCUCGCAGGAGAUCCUUUCAUUGCAGGCGGAUGAGAGGAAAGAGGGGGACAGGAGGGACCGGAUGGGAGGAGCCCGCAGCCUCGCCAGUCUGGACGGACAAGCUGUGUUCGGUUCCUACCUGCGGCCCGAUCUGGUCCCCGCCAACCCGUCGUUCUACGAGGGCUCCUCCAUGGGAACCAUCUCCACCUCGUCCAUCUUUGUCAACGUGGACCACCAAACAGAGGAGAGAGAGGACGUCGCGUCCAGCUCCACGUUCACCCUGGAGGACAGUGCCAUCUGCCUGAUGUCAGAGCAGAGCACCAUGGAUGUGGACAUGGACCGUGAUGACGGAUCUGUGCUGGACGUCUAUUUGUGAACAGAGCCGCGUCACGGCCGUCAUUUCCUCCUGCCAAUCAUAAGACAAUCGCCACACUCCAUUGGAAAGGCUGUGCUGGCCUUUAACUCCACCUCCAGUGCUGCUACAUCUAUGUUGCCACUUGUUUUGCCAAAACAUAAGACAGAGACUCCCCGGGACAUCUGCAGGAACCAUGUGACAUGUUGCCCUAACGAUGACAACCAUCACACUGAACUGAGAGUUACAUUUUUAGAGCACGUGUCAAUGCAGUGCCAUUAAGUUUUAUAUACGUAUCCUGUUUUCAUGGCAUUCAUGAAUUUUACUGUACACACACACACACACACACACACAGACACACACAGACACACACACACACACACACACACACACAAGGAGACCAGAUACAAAUCAUACAUUUCUUUAAAUUGUUUUUUUUUCUGCUGACCUGAGGAAAUUUUAGACACUUUUAAAACCUGCAGCUGCACCAGCUGCUGAUCAGAUGAGGAAUGUUUACACCCGUGAUGGCACAUUUGACCCUGAUGGGACGUAACUGUGCCACACAGAGGACACACGCCAGCUCUUAGCCGCAGCCAACACUGAGGACGAGAAAAAACUCACAUGAACAGACUGGAUCGAGAAUCUACUGAGGCCGAACACAGACUGAGCUGUGUCGGAAGCAGCCACGGUCUCCUGACCAGACAUAAGGACACGUGCUGCUCUGACAUGAACCUGCAGGCCGGAGCGCUGCUGUAAACUGACGGGAGGAAAACACAGUUACUGGCUGUCGGAUGAAGCACAGAGCGGAUGGACAAUGUACUUGCUCUCAUAAAAAGGCACUUUUGACAUUGGUUAUGAUUACUGUAAGAAAUACUUCUCUCUGAGGACAUUUCUUAGGUGGCAUAAGCACAGAUUUGGAUGUGUGAACAUGCACUUUUUUCUCCCCCUCGUUCUACUCUACCAAUGCACACCUCUGUCAGCCCUCCACACUACAUGUACAGAGACUAUGAAGGAACAAUGUGGAUUAUUUUUGAUGCAGAGCUCCUAGUUUUGUCAGGACCGAAGAUGCUUUUACUCAGGAUCUCCUCCUUUGAUACUGAUCGAGUCACGAGACAAACAGAUCCCACACAUAGAAGCCGUCUGAUACCUCUUCAUCAACAUCAAAUCCAACUGUACAUGUUGAAUUCCACAAUCACGUCAUCACUUGAGACCAUAAUUUAUGUAAAUCUCACUAUUUUACCGUUUGCUGAAAGAAAACUUUCAUCGCUGAAUGUAAAGACAAUGCAUAUUUAUAUAGAGAGGACUAUAAAUAAACAGGUAAAAAUCAGUGUCUACUUCUGUUAAGGCUCCUGAAGCAGUACUUUGCAUACCACUGUACAUGUUUAUCAUUCAUCCAUUUAAUUUGUCAAUUUUGCCACUCAGUUUCACAGCAGUGCGACUAUAGCGACACACAUUUACUUUAAUUCUUUUGUGAAACAAUUUUAAUUUACAGAACAUUGUCAAAUUGCAUUACAUUUAGUGCAAAUAAUAACACUUCUGAUGUACAACUUAGAAAUUUACAAGUAUAAAGUGUAGAUUACUGAGAAAAUAUCAAAAUUAAAAAUGCUUAAUGCAUUCUUCAGCUGACGUCGCUCGUAGAUCUAGCUCUUGUAAUCAUCAGCAAAUCAAUGAUCCUGAUCCUUCGUGACCUCUGACCCCUUUAGUUCAUUUUUUUUAAGCAUGUGGAUCUACCUAUUGCAAAACUCCCAAUGUACGACGACGGCAUGACACAUAAAUCUAGAGCAAACUGAAAUCUUGAGGUAAGAUGAUGUGAAAUGCUGACCCUCCCUCCCCCCGCUUCACUUCAAGGUUGAUAAAUGCACAUCUGGUGGCGGCUGUACAGUAGAGAACGCCAGGAGUUCGCAUCCCGGGGUCUAAGGCAUUCUUAGGGGUAGUUUAUCAGUCAAAAGGGUGGGAGGCCACUGCAC